UAAAUUUCCUUAUCUUCAACACACUAUAAAAGGUGACAUCUAACAUAUCACACAUAUAACAUCUAUUAUUCAUUAUACAAAAUGUCUUAUACACAUAGAAGAAGUUGUAUUUCUGGGCUCUUUCUCUUGUUGUUAGCUCUUGCUUGUGAAGCGAAUUCGGGGUUUAUAGGAGUUAAAGAUUCUCAUUUUGUACUCAAUGGAUCCCCUUUUCUAUUCAAUGGUUUCAACUCAUAUUGGUUGAUGCAUGUUGCUGCUGACCCUGCUGAAAGGUACAAAGUCACUGAGGUUCUUAAAGAUGCUUCUAUCGCUGGUCUUUCUGUUUGUCGUACUUGGGCUUUUAGUGAUGGAGGUGAUAGAGCAUUACAAAUAUCACCUGGUGUUUAUGAUGAACGUGUUUUUCAGGGUUUGGAUUUUGUGAUCGCGGAAGCUAAGAAAUAUGGUGUUCGUUUAAUAUUGAGCUUUGUAAAUCAAUGGAAUGAUUUUGGAGGAAAAGCUGAAUAUGUUUGGUGGGCGCGAAAUGCAGGAGCUCAAAUUAGUAAUGACGAUGAAUUUUAUACUCAUCCUAUACUCAAAAAAUACUUGAAGAAUCACAUUGAGAAAGUUGUUACAAGGUUGAAUAGUAUCACUAAAGUUGCUUACAAAGACGAUCCAACAAUUAUGGCAUGGGAACUCAUGAAUGAGCCUCGCGAUCAAGCUGACUAUUCAGGAAAAACUGUUAAUGGUUGGGUUCAAGAAAUGGCGAGUUUUGUGAAGUCAUUAGAUAACAAACACUUGUUGGAAGUUGGAAUGGAGGGAUUUUAUGGUGAUUCAAUUCCUGAAAGGAAAUUAGUUAAUCCUGGUUAUCAAGUUGGAACAGAUUUCAUUAGUAACCAUCUUAUCAAUGAAAUUGAUUUUGCUACAAUCCAUGCAUACACUGAUCAAUGGUUAUCUGGACAAAGUGAUGAAGCACAAUUGUUGUGGAUGGAAAAGUGGAUAACAAGUCAUUGGGAAGAUGCAAGAAAUAUAUUAAAGAAACCUUUAGUGCUUGCUGAAUUUGGAAAGUCUAGUAGAUCAGGUGAAGGAUCAAGAGAUAUAUUUAUGAGUAGUGUGUAUAGAAAUGUGUAUAAUUUGGCAAAAGAAGGUGGAACAAUGGGAGGAAAUUUAGUAUGGCAACUAAUGGCACAUGGAAUGGAGAAUUAUGAUGAUGGUUAUUCUAUUGUUUUGGGACAAAUUCCUUCAACUACACAAAUUAUCUCAAAUCAAGCUCAUAUCAUGACAGCUUUGGCUCAUUCUCUUAAUUCAAGAGUGAAGACAUGAUAAUAAUCAAUUUAUAAUCCAUCAUAUUUAGUAUUAUUAAUUUGAGAUGAUAUUACCAAACAUGUUGAAGUUGAUUAAUUAAACACAAGAAUGUAAUUGAAUAAAUUGUUUUAGUAAAAAGGAAAGUUAUGUUAU